AUGUUGCUGCGUUAUAAACAGAAACCAGUAAACUGUGCUACAACGGUUUCUAAUUCCAUUGACAAAGCACAGGAGGAAAGUGAUGCGGUUGAAAAUGGUAAAACGGUCAGAGGGAACUUUUAUACCGGUUUCAGUUUCGCUGGACUUGCGCGAGAAACUCGAUGGGCAUGUGUGACCGACGAAGAACUGGAAGUAACGAGAGGAUGUGAGGAGACUGGACAAACAAUGUUGCUGGUGUAUAAGUUUAUAGCCCAGGAAAUGCGUAUUUGUUGCAGAGAGGACAGUUGCGAAAAUGCGACUCGUCGAGAGGACCUCGAAAGGGCCGCCGAGCUGGCAGUGGAAAAGGCAGCGGAAAGAGCGGCCGAGAGGGCAGUGGAGAAGGCUCUGGAAAGCGGAAACACCACCUCGGAAACGAAAACAACUCGUGAGACCUAUUCCAGCGUUAUAAAACCACCUCAACGCGAGGAUUCCGGAUACAACGAAAAAUUCAACGGUCCUCAUUCCUCCAAAGACGAGGAUGCUGAUCAAGAAGACGAUACCGAUGGUUGGAAGCGACCAGCGAGAAAACACACAUCGAGACCACGAUUUGGUUGGUCGAGCAAGAUGGACGAGGAUUGGAGACGAUUUCCCAGAAGCGAUUUACCAGCAUUGGAGCCGAGUACUACGUGGACCAAGCCGAAAGUGAUCACGAUCGAGAAGACGAUUCCUGUACCGGUCACCGUCGAGAAGAAAAUACCAUAUCCUGUUUACAACCACGUGCCCUACGAGGUCAAGGUCCCGGUACCUCAGCCGUACACAGUGGAGAAAAAGAUACCUUAUCCGGUGAAGGUGUUCGUGAACGUACCGGUGGAAGUGCCCCAGCCCUACACGGUGGAGAAACAGGUGCCGUACGAGGUGAAGGUCGAUCGACCGGUACCGUACAAAGUCGAGGUGCCGGUCCCGCAGCCGUACACCGUCGAGAAGAAGAUACCGGUGGAGGUGAAGGUGCCGGUACCGCAACCGUACAUGGUCGACAAAUCAGUGCCCUAUGAGGUGAAGGUACCGGUCGAGGUACCAGAACCGUACGAAGUCGAGAAACAUGUGCCUGUACCGGUCAAGGUUCUCGUGGACCGGCCUUACCCUGUUCCGGUACCGAAACCGUAUCCUGUGGAGGUUAACAAGCCUUAUCCAGUACACGUGCCUAAACCUUAUCCCGUGAAGGUUAAAGUACCAGUCGAUACACCUUAUCCUGUACCCGUGCAAAAGCUUGUACCGAUCCCAGUGAGGGUACCCGCGCCUGAACCCUACACCGUGGAGAGACCUGUCGAGGUAGAAGUGAGGAAACCGUACGGUGUACCGGUCAAAGUCCCAGUGGACAGACCGUACGAAGUUUACGUGGCGAAGCCUGUACCGGUGCCUGUGGAGAAACCGUUCCCCUAUUGGGUACAGGAGCCAGUAUUCGUGAAUUCGGAUUGGAACGAAACUGGACCGCAAGGAUUUCACGACAGGAACGGGUCGAGUGAAACGAUGAAGGACAGCGAUAGGUCCAGGAAGUCGAGCAGACCGAAGAGAAGGUUCCGUCACUGA